AUGGGGCCACUGGAAGAGUACAAGUACCUGGAGGUGUACUUGGAUCACAAACAGGACUGGUGCAAGAACGUGGACAGAGUGGAGGUUCAGAUGCUUCAGACGCUGACUCAUCUACCACAGCUUCAUCUACCCAGCAACACCAGAAGGUUCCAGUGCUCCAACCACUGUCUCACCCGCUCCAACAACCCCAACGCCGGAAGGUUCCAGUGCUCCAGCCACUGUCUCACCCGCUCCAACAACCCCAACGCCGGAAGGUUCCAGUGCUCCAACCACUGUCUCACCCGCUCCAACAACCCCAACGCCGGAAGGUUCCAGUGCUCCAACCACUGUCUCACCCGCUCCAACAACCCCAACGCCGGAAGGUUCCAGUGCUCCAACCACUGUCUCACCCGCUCCAACAACCCCAACGCCGGAAGGUUCCAGUGCUCCAACCACUGUCUCACCCGCUCCAACAACCCCAACGCCGGAAGGUUCCAGUGCUCCAACCACUGUCUCACCCGCUCCAACAACCCCAACGCCGGAAGGUUCCAGUGCUCCAACCACUGUCUCACCCGCUCCAACGACCCCAACACCGGAAGGUUCCAGUGCUCCAACCACUGUCUCACCCGCUCCAACGACCCCAACACAGGGAGGUUCCAGUGCUCCAACCACUGUCUCACCCGCUCCAACGACCCCAACACCGGAAGGUUCCAGUGCUCCAACCACUGUCUCACCCGCUCCAACGACCCCAACACCGGAAGGUUCCAGUGCUCCAACCACUGUCUCACCCGCUCCAACGACCCCAACACAGGGAGGUUCCAGUGCUCCAACCACUGUCUCACCCGCUCCAACAACCCCAACACAGGGAGGUUCCAGUGCUCCAACCACUGUCUCACCCGCUCCAACAACCCCAACACAGGGAGGUUCCAGUGCUCCAACCACUGUCUCACCCGCUCCAACAACCCCAACGCCGGAAGGUUCCAGUGCUCCAACCACUGUCUCACCCGCUCCAACAACCCCAACGCCGGAAGGUUCCAGUGCUCCAACCACUGUCUCACCCGCUCCAACAACCCCAACGCCGGAAGGUUCCAGUGCUCCAACCACUGUCUCACCCGCUCCAACAACCCCAACGCCGGAAGGUUCCAGUGCUCCAACCACUGUCUCACCCGCUCCAACAACCCCAACGCCGGAAGGUUCCAGUGCUCCAACCACUGUCUCACCCGCUCCAACAACCCCAACGCCGGAAGGUUCCAGUGCUCCAACCACUGUCUCACCCGCUCCAACAACCCCAACGCCGGAAGGUUCCAGCGCUCCAACCACUGUCUCACCCACUCCAACGACCCCAACACAGGGAGGUUCCAGCGCUCCAACCACUGUCUCACCCGCUCCAACGACCCCAACACCGGAAGGUUCCAGCGCUCCAACCACUGUCUCACCCGCUCCAACGACCCCAACACCGGAAGGUUCCAGCGCUCCAACCACUGUCUCACCCGCUCCAACGACCCCAACACCGGAAGGUUCCAGCGCUCCAACCACUGUCUCACCCGCUCCAACAACCCCAACACAGGGAGGUUCCAGCGCUCCAACCACUGUCUCACCCGCUCCAACAACCCCAACACAGGGAGGUUCCAGUGCUCCAACCACUGUCUCACCCGCUCCAACAACCCCAACACAGGGAGGUUCCAGUGCUCCAACCACUGUCUCACCCGCUCCAACAACCCCAACACAGGGAGGUUCCAGUGCUCCAACCACUGUCUCACCCGCUCCAACAACCCCAACACAGGAAGGUUCCAGUGCUCCAACCACUGUCUCACCCGCUCCAACGACCCCAACACAGGAAGGUUCCAGUGCUCCAACCACUGUCUCACCCGCUCCAACGACCCCAACACCGGAAGGUUCCAGUGCUCCAACCACUGUCUCACCCGCUCCAACAACCCCAACACAGGGAGGUUCCAGUGCUCCAACCACUGUCUCACCCGCUCCAACGACCCCAACACCGGAAGGUUCCAGUGCUCCAACCACUGUCUCACCCGCUCCAACGACCCCAACACCGGAAGGUUCCAGUGCUCCAACCACUGUCUCACCCGCUCCAACGACCCCAACACCGGAAGGUUCCAGUGCUCCAACCACUGUCUCACCCGCUCCAACGACCCCAACGCCGGAAGGUUCCAGUGCUCCAACCACUGUCUCACCCGCUCCAACGACCCCAACACCGGAAGGUUCCAGUGCUCCAACCACUGUCUCACCCGCUCCAACGACCCCAACACCGGAAGGUUCCAGUGCUCCAACCACUGUCUCACCCGCUCCAACAACCCCAACACCGGAAGGUUCCAGUGCUCCAACCACUGUCUCACCCGCUCCAACAACCCCAACACAGGGAGGUUCCAGUGCUCCAACCACUGUCUCACCCGCUCCAACAACCCCAACACAGGGAGGUUCCAGUGCUCCAACCACUGUCUCACCCGCUCCAACGACCCCAACACAGGGAGGUUCCAGUGCUCCAACCACUGUCUCACCCGCUCCAACGACCCCAACGCAGGGAGGUUCCAGUGCUCCAACCACUGUCUCACCCGCUCCAACGACCCCAACGCAGGGAGGUUCCAGUGCUCCAACCACUGUCUCACCCGCUCCAACGACCCCAACGCAGGAAGGUUCCAGUGCUCCAACCACUGUCUCACCCGCUCCAACGACACCUGGAGGUUCGACUGCUCCAGCCACUGCCACAUCCACUCCAACAACCCCAACACAGGGAGGUUCCACUGCUCCAACCACUGUCUCACCCGCUCCAACAACCCCAACACAGGGAGGUUCGACCGCUCCAGCCACUGCCUCACCUACUCAGCCUUCAAAUCCUUGUGUGCCAAACCCAUGUGGCCAAGGCAUCACCUGUGAGCCUCGUGCUAAUCAAACCUUUGUAUGCUUGUGCUUACCUGGUGAAUCCUACAAUAAUGACACCAAAAGUUGUGAGAAUGCCAAAGUUUUUCCUGGAGCACUGUCUGUGCCUGGGUUGCCGUAUGAUGACAAAAUGAAGGACAACGCAUCACCAGAGUUUCUAAAAGCUGCUAAAACAAUUACGGAUGAG